ACUCCGUCGUCAACAUUACGGUGUCCACAAAUGUAAGUUAUUUUCUUUCACCAGUGGCUUGUUUGACGAGCAAGUACAGCAGAUCCUCGCUUGGUUCGGGGACAAAUCAUAAUAAGACUAUUGAAGCCCUGCUUGUAAAUUAGCAGCGACAAGUUCAUGGUUAGUUGGCUGACUAUCAGUUGUUUUAUGGUCAAUAAUGGAAUAACAUGGAAUCAACCGACAACUCUGCUGCAAGGGUCCAUUUUUGAAAAUCAUUCCUGGUUGGCUUAUGUCUGAGGACUGGAGCAGUGAUGACUGCGGUGAAGUCACAAAUACGUAUGUGGAGAAUACCGAUGUGUGCAAAGCCAAAUGUUGGGAGUGUGGUAAACGCUACUGCAGUUUGUACAGCCUGAUCUCCCACUACACCAGCCACAACAUUGCGGCCACCUGCAACAUCUGCAAGGUGACGUUCCAGCGUCUGACGUCGCUUUCCUUACACCUGGAAAACGUGCACUCGCCGCCUCUGUGCAUGAAGUGCCGCCGCGGCUUCGGCAGCGUGUGGGAACUGAACAAGCACGCAGAGUCACUUUGUGCACGCCCAAAACGGCAGAGAACUUGCCUAGUCGAAAGCUCACAGAAGGAGAGAACAUUGAAAGUCGAAAGCUCACAGGAGGAGAGAACAUACGAAGACGAAAGCUCACAGGAGGGGAGGACAUACAAAGUUGAAAGCUUACAGGAGGCGAGAACAUACAAAGACGUAAGCUUACAGAAGAAAAGAACAUACGAAGACGAAAGCUCUCAGGAGGAGAGAACAUACAAAGUCAAAAGCUCACAGAAUCAAAGGACAAUCAAAGUUGAAAGCUCAGAGGAAAGAACAUUCAAAGUCAAAAGCUUACAGGAGCAAAAAACAUACGAAGACAAAAGCUCACAGGAGGAAAGGACAUACAAAGUUGAAAGCUCACUGGAGGUGAGAACUUUCAAAGGCGAACACUUACAGGAGGGAAGACCAUACGUACUUGAAAGCUCACAGGAGGAGAGAACACAAUUGGACGAAAACUCACAGGAGCAAAAAACAUAUAAGGUCGAAAGCUCACAGGAGCAGAUAACACACUUAGAAGAAAGCUCACAGGAGGAGAGAACAUACGAAGUCCAUAGCUCACAGGAGGAAAGGACGUACAAAGUUGAAAGCUCACUGGAGGUGAGAACUUUCAAAGUCGAACGCUUACAGGAGCAAAGAACAUACGAAGACGAAAGCUCACAGGAGCAGAUAACACAUUUAGACGAAAGCUCACAGGAGGAGAGAACGUACAAAGUGGAAAGCUCACAGGAGGAGAGGACGUACAAAGUGGAAAGCUCACAGGAGGAGAGGACGUACAAAGUGGAAAGCUCACAGGAGGAGAUAACACACUUAGUGGAAAGCUCACAGGAGGAGAUAACACACUUAGUGGAAAGCUCACAGGAGGAGAGAACACACUUGGACGAAAGCUCACAGGUGCAAAGAACAUACAUAGAAGAGUGGGACAUGCAGUCAUCAGAGAGGCCGGAGACAUCAGGACACAGCGUUGAGUACACUCUGGGAGACUGGGACCUGGGGAAGCCCAUUGAGUCCGAUGAAUUCAGCACAGAUGAGUCGACAAGCACUGCCUCCGAGAACGAGGACAAUUACGACGACGCAGCUUAUGCCAAAAGAGCAGAAAGUUAUCGCAAUGACUCAGAAUCUGACUCGAGUUCCACCGAUUCCUGCUAUGCCGCCGAGACUCCAGCUUCCAGCACACCCAAGGCCGACCCGCCGGGUAACGACGUCUCCAUGUGCAACGAGUGCGGCCGAGGACCCUUCAGGUCUUUGAAGCUGCACCGGCUGCACUGCAGUCGUGUCAAAGUCAAAUACAUGUGCUCCCGCUGCAAGGCGCUCUUCCCCAGCGAAGCGUCUCUCUCGGAACACUACAUCCCGCUGUGCUCCUGUGACGACUGCGGCCAGGUGUUCACCAACCGGGACUCCCGCCAUCAACAUCCGUGCUCCAACAGAGGCAGCUCGCGUCUGAUAUACUUUUGUUCCGAGUCCAUGCCCAAAGCAUGUUCCAUAUGCAAAUCUUUCUUUGUCAAUGAAAAGAGCUUGUUAAACCACGUCACCAGAGUGCACACGUCAGUUGUCAGCACCAAGUUGUGCAUCGUCACGGGGCGGACAAACAAAAAGCCGGACGUCUCCGCAGCGGCCGCGAGUGGUUCUGAGCCCCUUGCUCCAACGCUUCUGGCGUCGAGCAGCGACCCCGCGUGUCAGAUCCCUAAUUUGUUCAAGCAUGUGGUUAACGGCAAGCUUUCCACCUCCACGGUGCUGGUCAAGAAGACUUCUCUUGUCACUUCAGUACAAGGACUGGACAAGGGCUCCGUCCCUGGGAUUCUGGCCGUGUUCCAGAACCAAAGCCAGGCGGCGUCUUUGACCCAGCACAUGACUAAGGGAUGGCGCUCCAAGCCGUCCCACCCCUGCAGGCAAUGCGGCACCGUCCUGAGGCAGCCUUACCUCGCCAUCAGCCACCGCUACCUCCACCGGGGCCGCCGCCUGCACCGGUGUCAGUGCGGCCGGGCCUUUAAGCACCGGCUGCACCUCCUGCGACACUGCGUGCAGCACGCGGAGGCCAAGAGCUACAUCUGCGUCAACUGCGGCAACACCUUCGCGGGAGCCAGACACUUCGCGAAGCACAUGAGGGGCAAAACGCGGAAGAAACGUCGGGCAAAGUGCAAAAUGCCCUUCGAGUGCGGCUGCGGACAACUGUUUUAUCGGCCCUCCGCUUACAUCUGGCAUCAGCUUAAAAACAAUGUGAAAAGCAGACGUUUGACAAAAAGGGGGAAAUGACGAAAGCCAGUAAAAAAGUGUCAUACCAAAAGUCAUUUAAUUGUCACUGUGUUUUUAAUUCCAAGGACAACUUUUAAUAACGUGCAAAAGAUACAACAGUAAACAUAGUUCCUUCCAUAAGUCACUGUUUUUCCCUUCAGUAUUACAUAAAAAAAAAAAUCAAAGCUCCAGUUUAUCCUCUUGAGGUUUGUCCAGUUUUUUUUGUUUGUUUUUUACAAAGUGCUUGUUCUCCAAUGAGGUAUCACUGAUGUCGAUCUUUGAUUUUAUUAGGCUUAUGAGAAAGCUAAUAAUGGGUGACCAUGUUUAAGCCCUUCAUAUUCAGGUGCAUCUAAAAAAAAGUGAAUGUGGUGACUUUUCUUUUCAGGAGUUCACUUCAGAUUUGAGGCCAAUUAAAAGGCUAAUCUGAUGUUUACACCAAUAUUAAACUUUUUGACAAUUUUCCUGUUUCAUGAGUAAUUGAAUUUUAUAAGACAAAAUACUUAAAAUUAUUACAGUAAUCCCUCGUUUGUCGCUGUUAAAUGAUUCCGGACAUAGAUGAAUUCCCACUAAAUGGGAAUUGUUCAUUAUGAAUCAAAUAUGUUCCUAGCUAGAGCGUAAACAACAUAUUUACGCCUUUCUGAGUACAUUUUCAACAUUAUGAGAGCCCUUUAGACAUGAAAUAGCAUUAUUACAAUCACCUUUACACUCUUAAUGCAAUAUAAUUAUGCUGCUUGAGGCUGAGCCAAUCAGCAGCCACGAUACUGAACAGAUUGAUUUGAUUGGUUUGGUCUCAUCUAGUAGCCAAUACUGCUGUUGUAUUGAUAUUUUACUUCAUUUAGCCGUGCAUAAAAAUUUAGGACAAAAAAUGUAAAAUAUGCUAAAAAAAAAAAUAAGAAAAUGGAGGCGAUAAGGCAGAGGGACGACUGUAAAUAUAUUAUUGGAAUUCAAGGGUACUCUUUCUGAAUUGAACUACUGAAAAUAAACUUUUCAAAGAUAUUCAAAACAUUUUUAGAUGCACCUGUAUAUCACAAUUUUAUUAUAGAGUAUAUGAUAUUUUAUUUCCUUAGUUCUCCACUAGAUGAAGCAGUCAGGUCACUGAGAACCAGUCUUCAAUGCCCCCACACUAAAUGUAGACUACUUUUCCUGCAUCCCAUCGUUUUGGCCUUAUGUUUUGAGAUGGACCAUUUCACACAAUUUGAA